CUCAGCCGCCCGGUGUUCACGUCGACUCCGGUUCCCGGAACGGACCGUGAGUGAGAUGACCGCAGGCCCACGCACUGGCCGGUGGUCGUGUCGCUCGGCCAACGUUAUAUUGGCCCUGGCAGUAUUUAAAAAUUCUUAUUUCAUUCAUAUGGUAUUGAAUAGAAAUGGAUCCAGCAUUACUGAAAGAAAGGGAGCUGUUCAAGAAGCGUGCCCUUUCCACUCCUGCUGUAGAAAAACGAAAAGUGCCCUGCUCUUCAGGUUCCUCUAGUUCUAAAAAGAAGAAACCGAAGUCAGAUCAAGGAGGUGCCUCAAAAUCAAAUUCAGAAAAUGGAUCUUUAUCAUACAGGGCACUUCCAGGAAGCACUGGGUACAAAUUUGGAGUUCUUGCUAAAAUAGUGAAUUACAUGAAGACACGCCACCAGCGUGGAGAUACCCAUCCAUUGACCUUGGAUGAAAUUCUGGAUGAGACUAAACUCUUGGACAUUGGCAUGAGGCAGAAACAAUGGUUAAUGACAGAGGCACUUAUAAACAACCCAAAAAUUGAUGUGACAGAUGGAAAAUAUGCCUUUAAACCCAAGUACAACUUGAGAGAUAAAAAAGCUCUUUUAAGGCUUUUGGAUAAGCAUGAUCAGCGUGGUUUGGGAGGGAUCCUCUUAGAAGACAUAGAGGAAGGAUUACCCAAUGCACAGAAAGCUAUCAAGGUAUUGGGGGACCAAAUUGUGUUUGUAACACGACCUGAUAAAAAGAAGAUUCUCUUCUAUAAUGACAGAAGUUGCCAGUUCACGAUAGAUGAAGAAUUUCAGAAAUUGUGGAGAAGCAUUCCAGUGGAUUCUAUGGAUGAAGAGAAGAUUGAAGACUAUUUAAAAAAACAGGGAAUUUCUUCAAUGCAGGAGACGGGACCAAAGAAAGUGGUAUCUGUGCAGAAGAGGAAAAAGUCUGCUUCUCAGAGAAAAAGGAAAUUCAAGGCACAUAAUAAUCAUAUGGCAGGACUGCUGGAAGACUACUCUGAAGGUGUAUCUAGCAAAGAGUAGCUAUAUGGAAAGAACAAGGAUAACAAUACUUGAACAGGAACUGAAUAAUACAACAAAGUGCUGUGAUUGAAGCACAGUGCAGUAAGACCGAUCAUAGUUUUUUCAGUUGAGAUCCCUUAGUUCUGUUACUUAAAUCUUAUUUGAAAGUUUAUAGAAACCAGCAUUACCGAUUAUGGAGUUAACUUAUUGGAUAAGAUCUGUUUUGGUAUGAUUCUUGCUCAGUAAAAUGUGUUUUCAGUAUCAUGGGUUCUUAUCUUUUUUUGGAUUUCUGAAGUGUUUGGGGAAUAUUGUAUAAUAAAAACAAGCAUGUGUUGUCCACUGAUCUCCCUCCUGGCACUUAUCCGUGUAAGCGGAACAAGUGCUACACAUGCCCUUACACUUCCUCCCUUACCACCAUUCAGGGCCCCAAACAGUCCUUCCAGGUGAGGCAUCACUUCACCUGUGAGUCGACUGGGGUGAUAUACUGCGUCCGGUGCUCCCGAUGUGGCCUUUUAUAUAUUGGUGAGACCCGACGUAGACUGGGAGACCGCUUUGCUGAACAUCUAUGCUCUGUCCGCCAGAGAAAGCAGGAUCUCCCAGUGGCCACACAUUUUAAUUCCACAUCCCAUUCCCAUUCUGACAUGUCUGUCCACGGCCUCCUGUACUGUGGAGAUGAAGCCACACUCAGGUUGGAGGAACAACACCUUAUAUUCCGUCUGGGUAGCCUCCAACCUGAUGGCAUGAACAUCGACUUCUCUAACUUCCGCUAAGGCCCCACCUCCCCCUCGUACCCCAUCUGUUACUCAUUUUUAUGCACACAUUCUUUCUCUCACUCUCCUUUUUCUCCCUCUGUCCCUCUGAAUAUACCUCUUGCCCAU